UUAUUCUUUGUAAUCUCUGUGUUUAGGAUAUUUGUUGUGUUGUACAUUUUUUAAGAAAAAAAUUCUGAUAUAAUGGCCAAUAGAGCUCUGCCCCAAAGUAAAGAGGCUCUCUUAAAGUCUUACAGGACCAGACUUAAGGAUGAUGUCAAGAGUAUGCUUGAAAAUUUUGAAGAAAUUAUCAAACUUGCUAAAGGCGAACAUGAUACUCAACUAUCAAGACUCACCCAAUGCGAACAGGAUACCUACGAGAUGCAUGUGAGAUCUGCUAAUAUAGUCCGUGCUGGCGAGUCAUUAAUGAAGUUAGUCUCAGAUAUAAAGCAGUAUUUGAUUUUGAAUGAUUUCCCUUCAGUUAAUGAGGCCAUAACACAGAAUUCCAAAUUAUUCAGAACAAAACAGUCUGAAUGUGAUCAAAAACUAAUGUCCCUUAGAGAUGAUAUGGCAGCAGAUUUGUACGAUUUAGAGGAAGAAUAUUAUAGUAGCAUAAAUAAGUAACUUUGUAUUAAAUAUAUGUAUAUGUAUGUGAUUGGAUAAUUUAAAAUUAAGGUUAAAAUAGGUGUGUAUUAAUUAAAUAAACUAUGAUUUAAUAAGCAUUUUUUUGUAACAAUUUUAC